AUGAAGCAAUGGUCUGCGAUGAAGCCAAAUAGAGAUAAAGUUGAAUUAGGACAUCUAUAUUUCUUGCCUAAGCCUCAUAAAAUUGGUACACCAUUGAGACCUAUUAUAUCAUCGAUGAACGGACCGACAAAUAAGAUAUCACAUUUCUUGGAGCAUCUUCUACGACCUUUAUUCGAUCAUGUAGCGAAAGAGACGACUAUCAUCAAUGGUAUUGAUCUUGUUCGACAAUUAGAAGAAUACCAAAGAGAUGGUCGCCUGUCAACAUCAACUCAUUUCAUUACAUUUGAUGUUACUGAUCUUUACACGAUGAUACCUCGUAAUGGAUCAUUGGAAGCAUUAGGACGAUUUCUUAUUCGAACAUCAACAAAAGGCAAAAUCGGUAAUUUAUCUAUUGAUACGAUCUUGCAAUUAGCUCGUCUAGUAUUAGAUACAAAUUAUUUUGUCUAUAACGAGAAAUACUAUCGACAAAUUAAAGGUGGCGCUAUGGGUUCAGCAUUUACCAUGACAUUAGCUAAUGUCUACAUGUUAGAAUGGGAACAAUCAUUAGUUGAAAUGCAAGUGCAACAAGGAGAGUUGUACGGAAGAUAUAUCGAUGAUGUAUUCAUGACAUCGAAUAUGUCUAUUGAUGACAUACGUGCUAAACUCGAUUGGAUGAAUAAAAAAGAUGGUAAAAAUAUACGAAUCACUUAUUCAGUUGGUUUCAAAAUCGAAUUUCUCGGUGUUCAAGUUGAAAAUCAUCACGGUUCAUUGAAGACAUCCGUCUAUCGUAAGCCAGCUGCUGAACCAUAUAUAUUACCAUAUUCAUCGGAUCAUCCUCGUCAUGUACAUAUCAACAUACCGUAUCAAGCAUUAUUACAUGCUGCUCGACUAUGUUCAGAUGUGUACGCAUUCGACAAAGAACGAUUGAACAUUGAAAUGAAACUUCUAUUGAAUGGAUAUCCUCCACGAUUUCUCAAGUAUCAUUUCGAUCGAUUCUUUCGAUUGAAUCAGGUAACACAAGUUCAUACUGAAUUACAUGUAGAGCAAUAUCAAGCUUUACAUCAAAAACUAUUACAUUUGCCUACACGACGUGAAAAGAAAUAUCAACAACAGGUGUCAGUAGCAGAUCAGACUGAUGAAGAAUCGUCGAUUGCAGCUAAUGAUGUGUUAACAAAGAAAGAAUGGAAUCGGAAGAUUUUAAUGUUACCACAUACGUUUGAAAGUGGUCCAUCAAAGAAUUUCAAUCGACAAUUUCGACAGCUCUGGGCAAAUUAUUAUGUCUACAAUGGGUCAGUCGUCAAAGAUGUAUGUAUCAUGAUAAAAGCAUUGACAAACUCAUCUUUGAAUGAUCUGUUCGUUCGAAAGAAACCUUCAGCAUCAUUAUUGACUCGAAUAGAAACAACAGACGGUGAACAGUUGAUCUAA